GCAAACAAACAUAGCUGAACAGAAUGAACCUGGUCUCCUCCCAAAAGAAGAAAGGGUUUGGUGAAGAACGGAGCAGUGGGGACUAUGGAUGAGCCUGAGUGCUAGCGCUGCUGAAUUUGCAGAUGCAUCAGCCACUGAGCUUCAUGUUGAACAACUGCAGAGACAGGAUGGGCCUGAAAGCGGGACACAUGGGUUGGCUGCAGUGAUAUUAGAAUGGAAAGACAGGCCUCAGGGUUCAAGAAGUGAGGAAAGUGACCAGGAUGAGUGGAAACUCCCAGUUUCAGCUGCUCUGAGGGGCCUGCUGAUCCAACCUUGCCACUUAGUUAAAACUGCUUUGGCUACACGCUCAUUUCUCUGAAGGACUCUUUGCAACAAUGAGAAACCAUCACUAGUAUGAAAGAAAAGCCAAAAAGUUACUUUGGAUUGAAAAUCAUCAGAUAUGCCCGCCUUUAAUGUACGCUGACUGCUUCAGAGCCUGGCUCAUACUUGCACUUGACGGACCCAUGCAGGUCUGUCAAGAAAAUAUUCAUUUAAAAAAUAUUUUUUAAAUGAAUAUUUUCUUGACAGACCUGCAUGGGUCCGUCAAGUGCAAGUAUGAGCCAGGCUCUGAAGCAGUCAGCGUACAUUAAAGGCGGGCAUAUCUGAUGAUUUUCAAUCCAAAGUAACUUUUUGGCUUUUCUUUCAUACUAGUGAUGGUUUCUCAUUGUUGCAAAGAGUCCUUCAGAGAAAUGAGCGUGUAGCCAAAGCAGUUUUAACUAAGUGGCAAGGUUGGAUCAGCAGGCCCCUCAGAGCAGCUGAAACUGGGAGUUUCCACUCAUCCUGGUCACUUUCCUCACUUCUUGAACCCUGAGGCCUGUCUUUCCAUUCUAAUAUCACUGCAGCCAACCCAUGUGUCCCGCUUUCAGGCCCAUCCUGUCUCUGCAGUUGUUCAACAUGAAGCUCAGUGGCUGAUGCAUCUGCAAAUUCAGCAGCGCUAGCACUCAGGCUCAUCCAUAGUCCCCACUGCUCCGUUCUUCACCAAACCCUUUCUUCUUUUGGGAGGAGACCAGGUUCAUUCUGUUCAGCUAUGUUUGUUUGCCAACAGACCUCAAUACCCGACUCGGAAAGCAAUCUGGAUCAGAACUGUUUGUCUCGCUGCAGCACAGAGAUUUUCUCUGAAGCCAGCUGGGAGCAGGUGGAUAAACAGGACACAGAGAUGACCCGUUGGCUCCCUGACCACCUGGCUGCCCACUGCUACGCCUGUGACAGUGCCUUCUGGCUUGCCAGCAGGAAGCACCACUGCAGGGACAUUGACCGUGUUGAUCAAACGUGGAAUUGUGGGAACGUAUUCUGCUCCAGUUGUUGUAACCAGAAGGUUCCGGUUCCUAGCCAGCAGCUGUUUGAACCCAGUCGAGUGUGCAAGGCUUGCUAUAGCAGCCUACAUCCCACGAGCUCCAGCAUUGACCUUGAACUGGAUAAGCCCAUUGCUGCCACUUCAAACUGAAGCUCAGUGACCUGGGGUGGGCAGAGGCCAAGCUGCUGUUCCUCUGACAGGCCCAUGUAGCCUGGGAAGACUGAGAGGCCUGUGCACUUUGGAGUGGGGCAUGGAACCACCUGUACAGAGUGACAGAAAUUGGGAUGUGCCACUGGAUUUUAGAUUGAUUUUUCUUUUAACCCCUCUCCCUUUUCUAUCUUCCUUCUGCCUUCAAAAACAAACAGGUCCCCAGGUUGUCUUAAUUUUGUUUUUUUUAAUGAAAGACCAGGGGUUGCCAGGCCCCCUCUAACUGCUGAGCUGCCUUCUAUCAGGCACACUGAGGGAUGGCAUGGUGCUUCUUGGUGUAGAAGGUUGGUCAGCGAGGAAUAAAGGCCUGAGACAGUGAAUAGGAAAGAAAGCCAGUACUAAUAUAUGUGACCAUUCCUCAUGCCACCACAUCAGACUGGUUGGGAAACCUUUGCCGCUGGAGAGGCUGGAAGCAUCUUCCCAAGAACACUGCCCUAGGUGCCUCUCCCUCCUGAGAGAGGGCCCAUCCCACCUCACAGAUACGCAGGAUUGGCACUUGGAGGGAGGGGUACAUAAUGCAUGGAACCCCCAAACUCCUAUUGGGAAAGAAGGUGUGUGCUCUUUGAGGCAGGUGAGAGGAACUGGGGGUGGGUGGUCAGCAUGUUGUUCCCCAUGGGAUUCUGUUUUUAACUUGACCCAGAUUGUGUAAGGCUCCCUUCACUUUCAGGGAGCUGUUCCCUGGGUAGGCUGGGUACUGCUUUCUUGGGCAUAAAAGUGCUGGGGCCAAGGCUUCCCCUGAGCCCAGGCAUACCCCAGAGCCCCAUUCCAGGGCCUGAUCCCACAAACAAUCUCUCUUCCUCAGCCAGCGCAGGGAAGUCCAGACUCAGGGUUCCAAAAAUUCCCAUUCCCAAACCAAACAAAUCAUGGAUCUCCCAUUUAAGUGGUAGAAUCAGCCUUUAGAGUUGGAAAGGUCCCCACACAAUCAGCCUUCCUCCUCCUUCCCUUCUUUGGGCAGCACAAAGCACCCAGUGGUUCCCCUGCUCUACUCCUGACUACCUGAGUGAGCACAUGCCCACUAGCUGAUGGUUAAGAGGGAAGGGAUAGUUGGUGAUUUUGCAAGGUUCCUUAGAGAAGUGACUUGUCUUGAGGGGAGAUUCAGGGCACCUUUCCUCAGUGAGAUUUAAUGUGGUCCAAAAAGAGCCUUAAAUCAAGAAUAUUUGUGGUGGAAGUGAGUAUGGGGAAGAGUGGAGAGAAGUUUAGGUUUGUGCUCUGUAAGGUUGGCUCCAUGUUUUGUGCCUGCCCUCCUUCUUGGGGGAGGGGAAGGGCCACACUUGGCUCUGCUGAAAACUGGUAACAGGGCAGAUCAUGGUGAGGAAGUGAGUGUGAGGUCAGGUAACACUGAAGUUCCACCCUUCCCAGUCCUCCUCUUCCCCUUUGGAGGCAGUUCCCUGGCCAAGGGCAAGCUGUGUCUUAGGAAGGUGGCUCCUACGUGUCUUUCAGUAUGGUUACAUGUGGCCCAGACACCUUCCCUGGUACUGUCCAGCCAAAUCCCAGAGCAUCUUGAGCAUGAUCCCGACUCCCACAGCAGCAGAUUGCUUGGAGUCCGUGUUUAGUGAAACAGGGUGUAGUUCUUCUCCACUCUGCGUGGGCUUGUGCAGAUAGGGAGAAGUCAAUGUAGUUGAAGAUUGUGCAGUUCCUAGUGACAGGUGCCAAGAGGUUAUGAUACGGGUUUCUUGGGUCGGAUGUACAGUGUGAAUAAAUGCUUGCAGCUCUUAGCCCUUUUUUGAUCAAUGAAGCACUUUUUUAUUAAUAUUUUUCUUUGUAUGUAAAGGAGGAACCGUAACUCUCCAUAGCUGUACAUAUAACCUUUUUCUCCUAAAGAGGAGUCAGUGCUCCUAUAUUUUUCAUUUUUUGUCAAAGCAAGAAGUAAAUACUUUAGAAUUGUUAAAUAUAUAAAUAAAACGAAUAAAGCUGAGUGUUCUGCAUGGUGGCAUUUGCUAACA